GCGGUACCCACGAAAGUGGAUGAGGCCUUUCGCCUCUACCGCUACGUGCCAUACACUGCGCUCACGCGCGAAGCACGUAGCCGUGCCCUGACUGGCGAAGGAUCUUUCGUGGUGAAUGCCCAAGGUGGUCUAACGGCCAAGGGCCUGGAUCGCAGUCUGGAACGUAGCAUCACUGCGGUGCAGUGGACUGCAGCCUCCCAGGUAGCUGUAGAGCGAACCCGCCAUUACCACGGCGAGGAACGAGCUGCUGCACUGGCAUCCCACCACCAGGCUGCCACAUGCCUGGAGACUGCUCGGCAGAGUCCACCUCUGCCGGAAAGCCUGUUGCCCCACUUGCCACCAACGCCCGCAGUCGCCACGCCCUCACAAGCCCCUCCGGCAAGCCUUUCUGCUUCGCCUGGGCCAGAGACACUCAUCCUCUCCCUCCCCGCUGGUUGCGUAGCUGCAACGUUCGACAUCUCCGCAGCCUACCGCAUCACACCCGUUCGCCCGGUUCAACAGAAUGCCCUCUGCAUCUUUUGGCGAGGCCUGGUGUAUGUAGACCGGGCA